AUGUUCAGAACCGCCUUUAAGAACUUGGCUCGCAAUCCUACCAUCACUAGAGGAUACUCUACCAUCAGAAAAACCAGAAACAAUACAAAAGUUGUCGUCGGUGUGUCUUUGGUAGCCUCUUCGCUUCUUCUCUUGCCACUUACAGUGGUGAAAAAUGACACCCAGCCUAGCACAGACAACACCAAGCUGGCAAAGAAGGAGGGUAUUUCAGGUACCGACCACAUUACAUACGGUAAAAGAAACCAGCCCAACAAGGCAAUCGAUGAGAAGCAGCCAGAGACUAAAAUCAUUCCUGUCGACACACAGACGAAAAAGUCUGAGCAACCGGUACCUCCAAAGGCCAAGCUGAAGGCCGCAACCAGUGGUAUCACUCAAGCCAAGACUGAAACAGACCAGGUUGCAAAGCCCGAGGUAAAGACCGAGACUGAGGUCAAGGAGGAGGGAGAGCAAGACACUAAAGAUACACAGAAAGACGCUGAAAAAGACACGCAGAAGGCUGAAAAUGACAGCAAUGAAAAGGCAGAGAACGAUAACGAACCAGAAGCUGAGGGCUCUCAAUCUGCUGCCUUCAACCCUGAGACUGGUGAAAUCAACUGGGACUGUCCUUGUCUCGGUGGCAUGGCCCAUGGUCCAUGUGGAGAGGAGUUCAAGGCUGCAUUCUCGUGCUUUGUUUACUCCGAAACCGAGCCUAAGGGCAUUGACUGCAUUGAGAAGUUCGAGGGAAUGAGAACAUGCUUCAAGAAGCACCCAGAGCACUAUAAAGAGGAGCUCUAUGAAGACGACGAGCCAGUUCCAUCCACCGAAUCUGCCUCUGAGUCUGUUUCCGCUUCCGAGUCAAAGGAUGAGGCUACAGUUGAUAUCCCAAAGGUAGCUUAG